AUGGGGUCCAAUUUGGGCGUUUCUCCAGCGCCAUAUACGCAGAAUGCAAAAGGCGUUGGCUCAGAGACUUCAGUUCACCUGGAGAAUGUCCCUCCGUCGCCGCCGAAGCAGGACAUCAUUGAUUCCUGGGUAGCGGAGGAUCCCAAGCACCCUCGCAACUGGCCGAAAUGGAAGAAGAACGCCCAGAUUCUAAUGGUGGCGUUCCACUCCAUGGCGGCAACGUUCAUGGCAGCAGGUAUCAUUCCGGCGUACGAUGCCAUGGCAGAAGAUUAUGGUGUGACGGUGCCCGAGGCCAGUUAUUUCACAUCGGUCCAGAUCCUGCUGCUAGGUCUGACCCCCAUUUUCUGGAAACCCAUCACCUCCGUCUACGGCCGCUACCACGUCUUCAUGUUCUCCGUGCUGGGGUCCAUGGUCUGCAAUAUCGGCGGCGCGCGGUGUACCACCUACGGCGCGCAGAUGGCCACUCGAAUCAUCGCCGCGAUCUGCAUCUCCCCUCCCAUCGGUAUCGGCAGCGGCGUAAUCACAGAACUGUGCGAGCCGCAUGAACGCGCGCAGAAGAUCGGCUGGUGGACGCUGAUGCUCACGCUGGGCACGCCGGGCGGUCCCUUCAUCAUGGGAUUCGUGAGCAAGCACAUCGGCUGGCAGUGGAUCUACUGGCUCUUUGCCAUUAUGAACUUUGCCCAGUUCAUUGUGUACCUGCUGAUCGGCGAGGAGACCAUGUACGUGGUGGGGAGGCCCAAGGCGAAGCCGGAUGGCGGGUUCUGCAGCAAACUCAUUCCUCGCCGGGUCGAUACCCGUCCGCUUACGUUCCGCGAAUUCGUCCAGCCCCUGUGCUACUCGAAGUUUCCUCGCGUGGUGAUUCCCGCCAUUGCUCAUUCUAUUGUGUUCUGCUAUGGCAACAUUGCACUCAUCGUUGAAAUGCCCAUCGUGUUUGGCGAACGGUUCCACUUUGACGCCCAGCAGAUCGGCCUGCAGUUCAUUGCUAUCAUUAUCGGCUGCGUCCUCGGGGAGCAACUGAGCGGACCCAUGUCCGAUUGGUUCCUGAGACAUAUUGACAGAAAGAAGGGCUCCCAUCGGCCGGCAGAUCGCCUGUGGGUGUCUUACAUUGGGUUUGGCACCGUCAUCGCCGGACUGCUGGUCUGGGGGUUCCAGCUGGACAAGGCCACCUCGUGGAACGUCACGCCGUGCGUGGGCGCCGCCAUUGCCAGCUUCGGCAACCAGAUCAUCACGACGAUCCUGAUCUCGUUUGCUGUCGACAGCUACAAAGAGCACUCGACCGACGUUGGCGUGUGCAUCAACGUCUACCGCCAUAUUUGGGGAUUUAUCGGCCCUUUCUACUUCCCACACAUGUUCGAGACGCUGAAGCUUUCGGGGGCAGCUGGUGUCAUGUGCGCCAUCAUUGCUGUGUGUGCGCUGGUCCCCAUCAUUGGUAUUCAAUUUGUUGCUAGCCGCCGUUGA